AUGACCAGGAGGGCCAAGGCUGCCAGUUCGAAGCCCGAGCAUCGGUCUGAGUCGCCUGCUCGCAGCGGCCCGACAGCCAAGCGCGCCAAGAAGAUCGACCGCGACCAGUCUUCAGGAGCUCGCGGCAGUGCUGAUGCCGCCCCCGCAGCUCCGAAGGCGAGGAGAGUCACCAAGGCGGCUGGCUGCGGCAUCUGCGGGACGACCCACAGGCAGAACAAGAUGGAUCACGCGACUCGUUGCUCGGCUUGCGGGGAGACCGCUGCCAAGGCGUUCCCCUUCUGGGAAUGGGACGACUUGUGCGAGAGGUACCACGAGGACGACCUGGUCACUGAGGGCUUCGACAACGCGCACGCUCUGGUACACAAGAACGGCGGCAAACGCCCACAGAAAAGCGAGGCCGACGAGGUCAGCACCAACACCAUGCUCUUCGAGGACACGGUGCAGUCGUACAGGGCUUUGAAGCUCUCCGACGCCAGGGGCAUCUACAAUAGCGAUCCGCACAAGAUCGGUUUCAAGCAGGCUACGAUCACCGAUAUGGCUGGCGUUGCCCGUUCGCGGUUCGUGCAGGUCAACCCAGAUCAGCCAUACACCAUCGUGAACGUAGUUCGUCGCAGGGCGAUCGGGCACGAGCAGACCGUCUUGUCGAACGACCAGGUGCUUUGGAACGGCCAGGCCGACGCUCACUAUGGCGCACUCGUCGACCAGAAGUGCGCCGACAUGAAAGCCUUCACCAAUGCGCCGACGCACGAGGAAGUUCUUGCCAUGGCGGAGGCGUUCAAGGCGGGGCAGGUCAUUGCUCAGGCGAACAGGGAGAUCAAGGAUUCCAAGCAGCAGGGGAUGCAGCGCGCGAUUCUCGGUGAUGCUGAGCCCGAUGCUUCGUCUCAGGCGGGCCUGGGGCUUGGUGACAUGGGCCCGCCUGCGUCGUCCCCGAGGUCGGCCUUGACAUCUGUCCAUGGGACUCCUGAGGCCAAGGCGGGCUAUGCGGCGUCGGUCGUGACAGGGGCUCCAUCGGCCAGCGGGGUGGACUCGUCUACUGACGUGGAGGUGGAUGAGACAAUGAGCAAGCUAAGGUUUCUGAUGGGCAAGGUGAAGAUCCACAGGCUUUUAGCUGGGCACAAGAGGGGGCAUCAGAUCCGCUGCCUGUGGGAACACCUGCCCAAGAGCUCCAAGGACGACCAGGAUUAUGACGCCGCCUCGUCAUGGUUGAGUCUGUCGGAGAGGGCGAAGAAAGCAGGAGAUCAGAAGGCCAAGGACGUGGCGAGCAUGAACCGCGAUGACCUCGAUUCACUGUCGAAGGACUUGGACAAAGAGUCCGUGAAGAUCCCCCCCAGCUUCCAGCGAGCCCUUUGGGAUCGGGCCGUUGCCGACUGGAAGAACGGGUCUGACUGGGGAACGCAAAAGGGCACCGAGGGCAUGUUGGCGUUGGUCUUGCCGUGGGGCCCAUCAGAGGAGUCGGUCAACGUGGAUGAGCCCCAGAAGUUCAGUUGCCUUGCCCCCGUGCUGUCGCAGUUGGAGUUGCCGCCAUCGGAGAAGGCGACCCUGUUCAAGGACACGGUCGUCAAGGGCAUCAUCGUAUCCUACCUCCAAGCGGGCAAGUCCAUGCUGAAAGAAACGCUGGAGAUGGUCUCGUUGCUGGUCGCGCAGAUCAAGGCCAUGCCCAUGUCAUGCGAGGUCGAGGUCGACAAUUCAAGCAGCGAGGUGAUGCUGGCGCUGAAGUUCUUGAACACCAUUGGUGGGUCCCAGGUCGACACUUUGUCCUUGGUGCAGGUCGACAAGUUCGUCAAGGCAAAGGCCACGACGAUCGAGGGCUCUUUGUGCGCCAGCUUGCGCGCACUUCCUUUCUGGCACGAACGGCUGCAUCAGUACUUGAAGUAUCCACCAUCGCUGAAGUACUGGUGCCCCAUCAUCAAGGACUACCAGCUGUCACUCUCAGGGUCGCCGAACGACUUGACGCUCAUGCUGCAGUGCAUCUCCGACGUGAGUAGGAUCGAGAAGGUUUUGCCACCGUCCGAGAUCACUUCCUACAAGGAGUGGGUCAAAGGGGUCGUCGAUAGAUUUGUGACUGCGGCGCUGCAGGUAUCGUCUCAAGGUCUUGCGCUUCCAGGGCCGCCUGACGAUGCAGAGAAUGUCGUGAAGAUGGCGGUGGGGGUCUUUGGAACUAAUGUCUCUUGGCAGCAGCUACUGGAGGCCUUGACGAACCAGAGGUCGAAGAGCCAUGGGCGCGCGCUCUUGGACAAGUUCAUCGGGGACAUCGGCACCUACAACUCGAAGAGCUUGCAGUACGCCGCUGCGAACUUCGGGAUGAUCGAGGGGCUUCGCGGGCUCGCAUCGGAUAGUCAUUUAGAGAGGCUUCGUGAUUUCAGCGGGACGGCUUUGGAUUGCAUCUUGGGGAAGAGAGGCACCUGGCCAACGUUCCACGCCGCCACCGACUUCGAUGCCGCCUGGAAGUGGGUCAAUUGCGCGUCCCGUUGGUUUGAGCCAGUGGACCUCAUGGGCCCCGACUGCCCUUGGGAGUCGUUCCGCAAGUUACUCGACAAGGUCAAGGUCCACUUCGCGCUGGUGAAAUCGUAUCGGGAGAUUAUCGGGGAGAACGGCAUCCUCAAGGACCAUCUCGCGGAGACCCCUUUGCCGCUCGUGGGCGCAUUCCUGGGUUUGCUCGAACAGGCCUCCCAUUUGAAGGCCGACGAUUCUACUGAGGAGAAGCUCAUCAACGACACGUUCAUGGAGGGCUUCGAGGCCGCCGCGCUGCAGCUCAAGCUGCAGAUGUUCGAACAGAUCACAGAGGCUGGCCUGCAGGCGUUCGUGGCGGAGUCCGAGGACGUCCCCCUGAGCAAGGUCAAGGGUGGGCCUGUCGACAAGCUGUGGUCAGAGGGCUUGGCCGAUGCUGCGAGCAUCGAGGACGCCAUCGCUGCGUUCGAUCAGCACCUCGCGCCUGCGAUGUCCUUUGACAGCUUCAAGGAGGAGGUGAGCCGCAAAUUCCAGCAGCUGGACGCCCUCACUGAGACGGAGCAGAGGUUCGGCAUGGCUGUGCCGCCUGAAAAGAAGCCCGAAGCGAUGGUGGCCAUCUGCCGCCGCGCCGCCCAGACGCUCUGCGAGUACCAGGCCCUCGAGGGCAUCGAGAAGGUGGGCAGCAACGCGGUGGCCGUGAAGAAGUUCAUGAUGACAGUGGUCGCAAGCCAGGGGAAGUUCGGAGUCGAACAGUUGGUCAAGCCAGUGGACAACGCCGUGCAGCGCGCCAUGGCCAUGGAGUCGAUCUUCCAGUGA